AUGAGUUCCCGCGCUAAAUGCCAGAGUAGCCCGGGGCAGAGAGGGUUCCCCAGGGGGAGGAACAGGCUCUGUGAUGUCACAGCGCCAAGACGCAGUCACAAUGCAGUCCUCACCCUCGAGGACUCGGCCCAGGCUAGCGGCAGACACCUGCCCGGCUCCGCCUGGACCGGAGCGACCUCUCGUGGCCAGGGCUCUGGCAACCGCUUCCAGCCUGGGACCAGCCUCGGCCUCCGGCAGGUGAGCACUGACCCCGGGGCGCACAGGCAGGGGCGCCCCGAUACCCACCAGCGGUCUGACCGUCACUCCCCGCUCAGAGCGCCGCGGGGCCUGGACAUGAGUGCCCAGGAGCCCCCACAGGGUCGAAGAUUCCCCAUUGAGGCCGGAGACUCUCCUGGCCUUGCAGCCGCCCCCGAAUCCCAGGACAACCCGGAGCCGGUAGCUACGGAGCGCAACCCGGUCAGCAUGGCCCGGCCGGCACCUCAGCGCCCCCUGUGGCGCGCCGCUCUCCCCAGGCCGCUGCGACGCUGCCCCGGCUGCCACUGCCUGACGCUGCUGCACGUGCCUAUCGACGUCUACCUGGCCAUGGGCGGGAGCCCGCGGGCCCGCGACACCUGAGCGCCUCUGUGCACAGCGGCUCCGCGGGAGCCGGGCGGGACGAGGCCGCACGCGCCGAGCACGAGACAAUGAUGCACAUUUUAAAAUAAAAGAAUGAUGCACAUUUUAAUAAAGCACAGCAUAAACUGUUCUUUCCA